AACGGAGAAUCAUUGUUCGAUUUUUUAGUCAGAAGUUAGCAAUCGCACGGACAAUUCAGCGCGUGCGUUGUCGCCGAAACGAGCGGCGUCACGGGAAACAAUGCGAGCGCAUCGUCGUUGAGGCAUUUUGGAACACGGGGGGUGGAUGAUAGGAAAUUACUGAAAGUCGAAGACUGAAGCCACUCGAAACACUGGAGAAAGACGGUGGAGCUUCGGAGGAGGGGGAGAUGUCUGCUGGGACCCAGGGCGAGAUUCGAGUUGGCCCUUCACACCAGGAAUUGGUUUCUUGUCAGGCCCGUUUGCCUGAGUAUCGGCCGGGUAUCCCACCUGGAGAGCUGCUUCCUGAUCCAGAAUUCUCUAAAGAGAGAGAAGAGCUAAGAUGGAUUCCAGCCAUGGCAUUGGAUGGAGAUCUACUCAUGUAUUUGAGAGCAGCACGAUCCAUGGCUGCAUUUGCUGGAAUGUGUGACGGAGGAUCCCCAGAUGAUGGUUGUGUUGCAGCUUCGAGAGACGAUACUACUAUCAAUGCUUUGGAUAUUUUACAUGAUUCUGGAUAUGAUCCUGGAAGAGCAUUGCAAGCUCUUGUUAAAUGUCCUGUACCUAAAGGCAUCGAUAAGAAAUGGUCUGAAGAAGAAACUAAACGGUUUGUCAAAGGUCUUCGACAAUUUGGAAAAAAUUUUUCUCGUAUUAGGAAGGAUCUUCUACCUCAUAAAGAUACGCCGGAAUUGGUCGAAUUUUACUAUUUGUGGAAGAAAACCCCAGGUGCAAAUAACAAUCGACCACAUCGUAGACGACGACAAGGUUCUUUGCGAAGAAUUCGAAAUACACGUAAUUCUAGAGCAGGCACUCCUAAAGAGGAAGUUCCUACGCCACCCAAAGAUACGCCGGCUGCUAAUGCUAAUACAAAAGAACCCGCUUCAGAACCAGAAACUGUACCUGUUGGCACACCAGCAAGUAAUAAUCCUGGAGGAGAGAUUAGUUCUGUAACAGAAGACGAUAAUUCUGAAGAGGAUAGUGAUUCUCGCGAUACUAAUACAAACGGUGCAACGCAUUCUUGUCAACAUUGUUUCUCAACUAAUUCUAAGGAUUAUCAGGUUGCUGGUAAAGAUAGAUUAUUACUUUGUACGGAAUGCAGAGCACAUUUAAAGAAAACGGGAGAAUUACCGCCUGCUCCUCCUUAUUUGUUCCGCCCUGUGCCUGCGGAGUCGCCAGAUAGCCCAGGUAGAAUGCGAACGCGAAAUAAGGCAAAAGAAACGCCAAGACCUGCGCGACCACGACGUACCGGUGGAACAGACACCCCUGAUCAAGAAAAGCAACAGCAACAACAGACACCCGAUAAAAGUAAGAAAAAGUCUUCUAGUAAACCAGAAACACCAAAGAAAGCUCAAAAACGAAGCCAAGCGGAUGAUGCAGAGGAAGAUAAGGAAGCUCAAAAACGAAAACGUGGUGACAGGCCAGAGAGUCCUUCAGAAUCACUCACUACUGACAGUAAUUCUCUUAUGGAUGAGCCUGAAAGAGAAACAGAAGGAGAUACGAAUGAAAAUCAACCUACACCAAUUGCCGUACAACCUGAGGAGCCUGUUAGUCCAGCUGUAACUACGCCAGAAGAACCUUCUGAACCUACACCAACUUCAACUCCUGUGCCAGGUCCUAUACAAAGUUUACCUAUAUCUGUUCCUGUUAUUCAUACUUUAGAUAAAAAACCAUUAUUGGAAGAACCAGUAGAAACUAAAGAUCAAAUAGAAGAUGUACCUUUAGCCAUGAAUCAACCAUUGAAAUUAGAACCACUGCCAAUAGAAACAGCUAUGUCACCUUCUAACGAAGAAAUGAAAGAACCAGAACAGCUGAACUUGAGUACAUCACAGCCACUAAAUAUGAAUGAUAUGAAUCAAAAUAUACCUCGUAACUUGUCUCAAACAAUGUCAAAUGCAGUAAGUAGCAUGUGUCCACCAAAUGGUUCACAAAAUAUCCAAAGUACACAAAUUAUAUCACCUAAUCAGCAAGGAUUACCAUUAAACAUGCAAUAUGCAUCUAAUGUUCCACCAGUUCAAAAUGUGCCACAGAAUUUAUCUCAAAACAUACAAAUACCACCAAAUAUGCCACAAAAUAUGUCUACCACUCAAAAUAUGGGACCAACACAAAGUUUGCGCGCACAUCCUGAGAAUAUGUCGAGUACACAAGGUUUGCCACAAAGUAUUGGAGGCCCUCCGUUGAAUCUCAAUAUAUCUCAAAAUAUACCAGCAAGUAUAUCUCAGAUACCUCAAAUAUCAAGUUCGCCACAGCCUCUUGGAUUAACGGUCAUGUCAUCGGAAAGUAGAAUGACCGAAAGAAUUCCAGAAGAAAGAUUAUCUACAGAAAGAAUGCGUGAUGGAAGAAUUUCUGAUAGAAUAUCUGAAAGAGUAUCCGAACGUACUGAAAGUAAUGAACCAGAGAGAGCAGAACCGCCGAAUAUGUUCCAACCGAUUCAACCAAGUGGAAUUCUAUCUAUGGAAAAACCUUCGAGCAUUUAUAAUUUAGCUGGAACUCCACCAAUGGAACCACAAAACUUAAAAAUUAAACAAGAAAUUAUUCCUCCUGAACCGGAUCCUUUGCAAAGUUUAAAAGAAGUGAAAGUUCCUGGUUUUCAGACCGGUUUUCCUGGUCCAAGUUUGGAAAAUAUAAAAAAAGAUCCAGAUAGUACUAGUAAACCACCUACACCAAGUAAACAUUCAAUGCCAAGUAAUCAACCAGUGCCACAGAUUCAAUCAGUGGCAGCAUCGCCAACGCCAACGUUACCGCCUCCACCGACGUCUAUUCCUCAACCCGUGAUGCAUCCGGCGCAACAGCCUAGUCCACAUAUGGCUCAUCCGUUCCAUCCUCAUCAUCCCUUGAUGCAUCAUUCAUUAUUUACAGCGAUGCAUCCUUACCAUCCACAUGCUUAUCCAGGAUACGCACCUGUUGGUGGAUAUCCCUCGUUUCCACCAUACUCAUAUGGACCAGUACCCCAUGCUAUUCCACCACCAUCACCACAAAGAAGUCAAGAGAAUACAACAAUGAUGACAGCUCAUCACUCUAGUACAAGUUCUAGUGUGACGACCAGAGAAGAAGGAGAAAAUCUUAUUGCUACCCAUCAUCAUUCUUCUAGUAUGCAUCAAGCGACCACCUUGCAUCACGACAAACUGUUAACCAUCUCCUCUCAUAGUUCUCACAGUCACUCGUCAUCGCAUAGUUCACAUAAUACUCAGCGUAAACCGUCGCUCGUUUCAGCAACGUGUUUAACGUCAACUAGUUCUGUACACCAUCAUCAUCGACCUCCUCAAGCACAACCACCUGUUGUGCAGGAACCAAAGAUGGAACAGGAUCUUGGUGAGCCAGAACCAGAAGAACCGCCCAGUCCACGUGGACCUUCUCCUGAGCCAAGAAUUGAAGACUCCGAAUGUCACAGAUCACAAUCUGCAAUAUUUUUACGACAUUGGAAUCGAGGUGAAAAUAAUUCAUGUACCAGGACAGAUUUGAUGUUUAAACCUGUGCCUGAUUCUAAGUUAGCUAGAAAGCGAGAAGAAAGAUCAAGAAAACAAGCAGAGAGAGAAAGAGAAGAACGUGAUAGAGUUGCUGCACAGCAGGCUAGAAAAAUGACGACUCCAGAGAAACAACCUGAAACUUGUAAGCCACCUAGUCGUGGUCCACUUGAACCCGUUGUCUCACCAUAUGAUAGGUAUGGAACAAGACCAGGGUCUUAUGCAGAUACACCAGCUUUAAGACAACUCUCUGAAUAUGCAAGGCCACAUGCAGCGUUUUCACCUGCUAGACAUCCUGCUCCACCAGAUCCGAUGAUCCAUUAUAUGUAUGGACCAGCUGCGAGGGAACGUUUAGAACUAGAACAUUUAGAACGUGAAAAGAGAGAACGCGAAAUAAGAGAGUUGCGUGAGAGAGAAUUAAAUGAUCGUUUAAAGGAGGAACUAUUAAAAGGAACACCCAGACCAAUGCCGGCUCCUGUUGAUCCACAUUGGUUGGAAAUUCAUCGACGAUAUGCGGCUGCAGGUCUCGCCCCAGGACCAUCGGGACCACCACAAGCUUUGCACCAAUUUGGUCUAUAUGGAGCUCCGCCUGGACCAAGUCAAUUAGAACGAGAACGACUAGAAAGAUUAGGGAUACCGACUGCAGCCGGCGGGGGGCCAGCGGGUGGAGGGGCUGGCCAUCCCGUAGCGGCUCAUCACCAUGGCCAGCUGGACGAGCGGUUGGCUCUAGCUGCUGACCCGAUGGUCCGGUUGCAGAUGGCUGGCAUCUCGCCCGAGUAUCACGCUCACACUCACGCGCAUACGCAUGCGCAUACGCACUUGCACUUACAUCCGGGACAACAGCAGGCCCAGCAACAGGCUCAGCAACAGCAGGAGGCAGCUGCGGCUGCAGCUGGAUUCCCCCUGCCUGCUGCUGCUGGUGCUAAUUAUCCUCGGCCAGGUUUAAUGCCUCGUGAUCCAGCAUUGGCUCUUCAUCCAGCUGAGCUUCUUGGAAGACCAUAUGCGGAUAUGGCAGUGCAUCAUGAACAGUUGCAACGUCAUUUGAUGAUGGAACGCGAUCGUUUUCCUCCACAUGCAUCGCUUGUGGCUCAUCAUGAGGAAUAUCUGAGGAUGUUUUUUAGACAACAGCGUGAGCGCGAGCUUAAAGUGCGUGCAUUGGAAGAAGCUGCACGUGGAUCUCGUCCUUAAAUAUAAUUGUAUUUAUAUCAUAAUGAUUAUCCUUUAUAAAUAGGGAUGCAAUUAAUUGCACAAAACAAAUAUGGUACAAUAUAUUGUGCCAGUAUGGUGCAAGAACAAAUGGCAACAUUUGUUCAUGAUCGUUGAUCUUGUAUUUAAGAUCAUAAAUUAUUUUUACGAUCUUUUAGUGACAUAUUGAGACUUAAAGUGUUACGUAAUGUAACUUGUUAGUGUAAAUAAUGUAGUGAAAAAUUCAUCGAGAGUACUAGAUUUUAUUCUAGUAUCGUAGAAAUGAAGAUUAUAUAUAAUAGUGCUUUAAUGUGUAUAUUUCUUUUUUUAUAUAUCUUUUUUUUCUUUCUUAUAGGUAUUGGAAUUAAUAAGUUUGAUAGAAAUCAUUAAUUGUUAUUCAAUUUUAUCUUGAUGGUGCAAAUGCCAAAAUGUUGAGCCAGGUAACUUUACUGAUCUGGAUUCGUGGAUACUAUGCAUAAAGUACUUUCUUCUAGUUUUUUCUCUCUUUUUUCUUUUUAAUCGUUUCACUAAACUUUAUACAUUAUUGAGCCUUUACGAGUAAAGUAUUAUAUAAAAUAUUAGAAUAAAAUUUACAUUUCUAUUAUCGUGCCCGUUCUUGUUUAUAAUCACAGGGGCAAUUUAGACUUCCAAUAUUUAUCGUGUAUAUGGAAUAAUUUAAGUUGAAUAUUACAUAAUUUCUGUCACAGAUAUUUGUAUAUUUUCUAUAAGUACUGCUUAAGAUUAAUGAGAGACUAUAUGGGCCUUUGGUAACAGUAGCGCGAACGCCUGGUAUGUAGUGAACAUUAAAACAAAGUGACCAAAGUUAAACGUUUGUAGGAAAUUGUUGAGCGUAAACGCAUAAUGUUUAAUUAAUCAUGAUUUGCAUUGUACAUUAAAUAACAAAUCGUACAGUAAAUGAAAAUAUUAACAUCGGAAAUUUUGAAGGAUUCUCUAUGAUUUUUUGAAAUAUCUUCUCUAUUCUAAUAAACAUUUGAAUAUGUAAAUUAUGCUAUAAUUGAAUCAAUGUAACUUAGUUAUUUAACAAAGUAAAUAUUUCAUACAAACGUG